UCUCAUCUUCAUCUAUCACUUCAUUCUCUUCCAAAUGAUUAUAUCUAAACUAAUAAACAUUAUAUUUAAUAAAACAUGCUUUAAAAUUUUAUAAUAUAGUACAAUUUUUUAUUCUCUCCUUAUAUGAACUCUUAUUAGCCAUUCAAUAUUUUAUAAUUUUUUUGUUGGUGAGGCGGAUUAGGGUCAAAAAAUGGGGAGGAAGAAGGUGGUUAUGAAGCGGAUUGAAGAUAAGAACAGCCGUCAGGUGACGUUUUCUAAACGGCGUAACGGAUUGAUGAAGAAAGCUCGUGAGAUCUCCGUUCUUUGCGACUGUGAACUCGCCGUUAUUAUUUUCUCUAAUAGCGGCAAACACUAUCACUUCUCUAGCACCAACUCUAGUUUGCCCAAGAUUCUCAAUCGAUACAACAAAAUGCGUCUUGAUCAAAGGGACCUUACACAUUUCAUUCAAGAAGAGUAUGCGAGCAGGGCAUCAUACGUAGAGCUACUGCGGAUAGUUGAAACGUGCAUCGAAGGUUCUAAUGAUGAGCAGCAUACUCUGUCAGACCUUAUAAAUCUGGAGAACCAACUUGAUGCCGCACUGAGAGAUACCAGACUUAAAAAGACACAACUAAUGGUGGAUUCUAUAAGUGCUCUUCACCAAAAGAAAACUAAGCUAACAGAGGAAAACGAAGUUCUAGAAAGGGAGGUUGAAGCAAUGACAAUAUUACCUGUUGCUCAUAGGUUGAAGCAAUGAGAAAUAUCGUGGAGACGGUGAAUGAGCCGAGCAGCAGCAGCCACCAUGAAAGGGCAACUUUGAGUUUGCUUCACUAGUAAGUAAGUGCAGUAUACUGUUGCCCUUUUCACUUGUUAUGGAUACCCUUGGUUUGAGGUUUCCUCUUCCACAUCACUCUGGUUCUAACAUGUAUCAUUAAGUAUCAUUAAGUACAAGUGUGAUAUUUUGAUUAUGUAUCAAGACUUGCAAUAAGCAUUAGAAAUAGAAGCUUUAAUUGGUAUUAUUAUUGUCAAUAUUUUGUUAAUAUUAGGGCAAAUAAGGAGUACUAGGGUUUUGUUGUGGAAAAACAAGAGAUGUGAGACAUAAUAACACUGGACAGGUAGAAGAAAAUUAGUAGGGUAGUUGGUGGACACCUAUGCUCUAAACAUGCAAUCCCAAUCUUUGCUCUAAUUCAACUUUUAGCUUCUUUUUC